GUUUGAAUUCGUAAACAGCUAGACAUUGAAAUCCGAUCAAGUAUUCGUAAGGUGCAAAAUGGUACUACAGCGUUCUUCUGUACGAAGACACGACUUUGAUAGCUCGGACGACGAGGAAGACAAUAUUGGCGAUGAAGAUCUUUCACCUUUCCAAGUUGACUGGAUUGAUCUUUCGUUCACUGGCUGCUGUGCAGAAAUAGUGGGUAUCAGUGGAUUGCCAGGUUGCAAGUAUCGUGAAACAAACAGAAAUUUAGCAGUCGAUAUGACCCAGUUAAAAGCUAUGGACAUCACAGAUGUGUUUGUGUUCUGCUCUAGUAGUGAGAUGGUCAGAUGCAGAGUUCCUUCUCUCAUAGAUGAGUACAGUUGGGCUGGUUUUGAAGUUCAUCAUUUCCCUGUUGAUGCAGGAGGUGUUCCAACACUGGAUGAAUGUAACAGUAUGAUUAAGCAGUUACGGCAGUGUAUUAGUUUUGGACGUAAGACAAUUUUACACUGUGUGUCUGGAUUAGGAAUUUCUUGUUUAGUGGCAGCAAUUUUGUUGUUAAGUUUGGAUGAAACUCUGUCCCCGGAUCAUGUGAUAUCCAAGUUAAGACAAAUCAGAGGUCAGAGAGCAUUUCAAACAAUCAAGGAAUACAACUUUGUCCUUGAGUUUCGGGACUUAUACAAGGCUCAUGUUGAAAAUCAGCAGAAUUCUGCAGAAGCUGCACCAAGAUCACUUUCAAGAUGAAAGGAAAUUAAAUAUUAAAAUAAAGUGUAAAUAAUAAUGUGUUGCAUAAUUAGGAAUUUUGAAAAAAAGAUUUUUCUCAAAGUUAUAAAUACAGUGUUGUCUUGUUAUCUUGUUUGAAUAAUUCAUUACAGAACAAUUUUUAUCGAGUGUCAAAAUAAUCCAGAAUUGCUGUGGUUUGAUGAUUUAUCAAUAAAGGGCAAAAUUACUGAGCGCUGAUUGGUUGAGAGAGAGGGCAUUUUUUCUUAAUCGAGGGCAUUUUUAGUAAUCAAGAGAGGGCAUGAUUACCUGUUAAUG